AUGAAGCAAAAGAUAGAAGGAAAGUGAGCUCACUUAACUCUUUUCAGUUUUGCUGUCCCUGAAGAUAAUAAAAACCCAAAAAUUUCUACAGCAAGUCCAAAGCCUGCAUGCAAACUUGCAUCUCAAGCAAAACACACUUCUAUGAUUACCCCAGGGCUCAAGUAUCAAACUUUAACUACAGAGCUUAGCAUUAUGCCUUAUAUAAGAGUUAAAGAUCUAAUGAAAACAGAAAAAGAAGAAAACGAACAAGAAAUUAAUACAGAAAAGCCUAUUAGUGCAAUUGCAAAGAAAAGUAACGACGAAUUCAAAAUUAAGGCUGAUUAUAUGCUGAAUAAAGCCAAAACCGCUACAAGGCCACAAAGCGCAAGGGUUGAGCAGGGAAAACUUAAAAAAAUUGCCCCAAACCACCCUCAGCCUGUUGUCAGAAAAUCAUAUCAAGCAGAAGAGCUCUCUGAAGAUGGCAAUGAGAUGACGCUGAAAGAAGUCUUAUUUGAUGGGAAAAUCCAAAAACCGGCAAAAAACAUGGAAAUAAAUCCUUUAGCAAUGCUAAGUGAGUAUUCAGCAAAAAACAAAAAUAGUUCUAGCCGCCCAUUUAGUGCUGUAAUCAAAAAAGGCAAUAACGCUGACCUUUAUAAUGCAAAAUCAGCAAAAACAUUAUGGGAAGUAAGAACUCAAGACAAGUACAAGCCUAAAGCAAAGUCAAUUGUUGCUGAUUUAAUGAGCCAAGCUGAACAAGCAAGAGAAAAAAAUAAUAAAAUUGUAGAGAGAAAUAUAAAUCGAUUUAAGGAGUCCGAAAGCAAACUAAAUGGUGAAUUUAACAGAUUAAUGAAAAAGGUUCAAGACACAAGGCUGCUUAAUGAGCUUUCUAUGCAGAUGUUGAAAGACAGUAUGAAGGAGACGGAAGCUGAUAUCGAUAUCUCAAAAGUCAGCAAUGAUAUUAAAAAAUCAGAUGAUGUCUUCACUAAACCCUCCAUCAAAAACUGCAAUAUAACACGAAAAAUCACAAGUUUUUGUAAGUUUAAUUUCCUUUGUCAAGGAAUAAGAUUGCUGUAGCUAAUCCCAUUUAUUUUCUUGAAAUUUCAAAAGUCUUAUCUUAAAUAUAUAUAGAAAUUACCCGAGGAUGGCGCAAAAUAGCGCCAUCCUCGGGCAAUUUCUAUAUCUAAACCUAUAGCUUAAUAAAUUUAUUAAAAACCGACCCUUAUAGCAAGCAAAUAAAUUUUAUUUUUCUUAGAAGAGGAGUAAAAUCAAUGAUCACUUUGCGCUAAAUAAGAAUGGCAAAAAAAUCGAACAAAUUCCCACUUUUAGCUUAGAAGAAGUAUACGAAACACAAACAUGAAACACAAAUCAGAAAUGAAACGUGAGUAGCAAAGAAAUGACAAAAGAAUUAUCGAAAGAUAAAGGCACUAUAUCAAUGCCUUAUGCCAGUAGCCCACCAAAAAACAUUUCAUCUGACGACUGGGAAAAGUUUUCAGAGGAAGACUGGUAA